AGGAAAAGCCCUCAGGUGUGGUUCAGCUAGAGGAGAGGAACUUUUGUUUGAGCCAUGCAGGAGAGACAAGGCACUCCACUGGGGACGCUGCAGCCACAGACACGGUGUCUGCGAUGCGGGGACGUACUGGAGUGGUCCGAGGAGCACAGGUGUGUUUGUAGAGGUCAAAGACAACACAGACAGAUACAGGGCGCCUCUUUCCUCCACAGGAAGUCCAGUACAUUCAGGACAGUUGUCUGAAGCUCUUAUCUGAAACAAAUUACACUGCUGUUCAGUAUUCACAACAAAGAAUUCACCACUGGAUCAUUUGCAAGCAAUCAGAUCAGACUUGCAUUCAGCAGGCUCCAUGAGUGGAAGAGGUGCUACAGGAGGCAAACAUUUGUACUGGACUGAGAAGUCUUAACUAACUCUAAGUAUAGUUUUCUAUUUAAAUUAUUCAUGAGAGCUGGUCAUAAUUCUCUGGCUGUAGAGGAGAAUGCUUUCUGUUCAAUACUGAGAGCAAAGUGCUGCAUUCUUGAUACGGCAGAUUAUGGACAAAGCAGCCAAACCACAGAGCAUAUUACCUCAUCAAAAUCAAUCUGAAUUAGUUAUUUUCAAUGAUAGAACAAGUGUAUAGAAUUUUAAAGGUCUGUAGGCCUGUGACAUUCAGACCGUUAAUAUAGCAGCAAAACAACAUUAGCUAUGUAAGGAUAGAGUGGAGUAUUGGGGCCCUGAGCAGAGAAUGAAGUCAUAUUCCCUCUGUGGUUUGGCUGGUCUAGUGUAUGUGCAUGUUAGUGCAUGAGUGUAUCGCACUGGUUAGCUCAUCAUGGCCACUUUGCACUGCACUCACACAGCGGUCAUCACGACCCAGUCUUACUCCGAGGUUGUCAAAAUCUGGCGCUUGGGCAGUGACUUGCGGCAUCAGACACUGACGAAAAAAGCUGUAGUUUAACGACACUCGGAGGCGUCAGGAGGAAACGCAGAGGAACAAGAACGGUUAAGGCGGCGAAAGUCCGAGUAGAGUGGGCGGGAGAGCAAUGUUCACAUCCCGUAAGAUUCUAAAGCCAAACCCUGUUCUUUCUUCCUAAACCUAACCCCUUGCGUUAGUUGUUGGAGGAAAAAAAACAUCAGUUUGCAGUGUUGUGCAGAUGCAGUGCCUUUAUUUUGAUGGAGACUCUAUGUUUUCUGUGAAAACGAAAGUGUAUUUUCAAAGACAACAAUGCAUGUAACAUGCAGACCUUGACACAACGUCACAGUACGUCAACAACCAACGCAUCCAGGAUACCAUUCACAUCGUAUCUGGACGUGGAAAGUCCAUGACCAAAUGUCAAUAUGUGACGAGGUCGGAGUGAGAAUGUGUUGGUUACCACUGAUAUUGGGACGGCAUCAUCACGAAAGUGUAGUGCCCACCCUCCAGUCCGUCCUGAUAAGCAAUGUUAACUCUGUGAGCAAUGUUGCAAGUCUGUAUUGAGCUAGCACCAUUAGCUGCUAACCGUCGGCCUUGUCCAGACAACUAAUACACUCUGUAUUUCACAUAGAGCCCCAAAACUCUGCAUUUGGAUAUGCUUUAACAUAAUAUGCAUUGUGUUACUGUACAAAGCUAGGGCUUUGCUUAAUCAAGGAUAAAAGUAGAGGGUUAUAGUGACCUAUUCUCAACGUCAACUUUGGGGGAAAGAUCACUUCUGGGACUGUUUGUGGCAGUGCAGAGAACUGCUGAAAAAAGCAACAAAUUAAGAUUCUUUUCUCUGUGACAUCAAGACGCCAACAUGCCAAAGAGCAGCUGGGUGACUGGCUGUAUGACUGACAAGCUCGUUAUUAGCCCAGGAUUGGCCAGUUUAAAGUACAGCUCUGGAAUGCACUCCACCCUGACCUCUGAAAUAUGGAUUCACUACCACACUUUAAAUCCAGGCUUUCCUUCUCUCUUUGCGUGGCGAGCGUGAAGGUAGUGUGGUAUCAUAAGACAACCUACAACAUGAUUCAAGGCUAAACAGGUGUCCUGCUGGGCUGUUCCUGCUGCUCCACAGUGGAUGAGACGCUGGAAAAUGUAGCCAGAGGUCUGGCGAGCAGAAUGAAGAAGGAGAAGAGUCACUGGGCCGCUGGAAGAGUGGGCGACAUUGACUUCAUUGGCUCUACUAAGACAAGAGGAAAGUUUGUGAGGGUGCGCAGCAACACAGACCCAGUCCUGAUUUACCAGAUGCUGACAGAGGACUGGGGCCUUGCUCCCCCACACCUGGUUGUGGCCCUGGUGGGAGGAGAUGAAGUGGCUCAGAUGAAGCCCUGGCUCAGGGACACUCUGAGAAAAGGACUUGUGAAGGCUGCGCAGAGUACAGGUGCAUGGAUUUUGACUAACGGCCUGCGUUUUGGCAUCACCAAGCACUUGGGCCAGGCGGUGAGGGAUCACUCGCUGGCCAGCACCUCAUCUAAAGUCCGUGUCGUGGCCAUUGGCAUUGCACCCUGGAACAUGAUCCACAACCGAGAGGCACUGCUCACCAGCCACUACGCCAAGGCGGAUGAGCCUGCAGCAUACAAGCCACAGGACAUGCCUCAUGGGUCUGUGUAUUCCCUGGACAGCAACCACUCUCACUUUGUGCUGGUGGAGGAGGAUCCAAACAGACCAGGAGCCACCAGUGAAAUGAGGGUGAAGCUGCUUAAACAUAUCUCCCUUCAACGGACUGGUUAUGGAGGCGCAGGCAGUUUUGAGAUCCCUGUUCUGUGUCUCUUGGUCCAUGGGGAGCCUAGGAUCUUAAAGAGGAUGUACAAAGGCAUUGGCAAUUCGACACCAUGGCUGAUCCUGGCAGGCUCGGGAGGCGUGGCCGACAUCCUCGUCACGCUGAUGAAUAGGGGCUGCUGGGAUAUGGACAGCGUUCAUGAGCUGCUGCUGGACACCUUUCCAAAUGCCCACCACAGCACAGACAUCAGUAACUGGGUCAAGCUGAUCCAGAAGAUACUUGACCAUGGGCAUCUCCUUACUGUCCACGACCCUGAACAGGAGAGCUCUGAGCUGGAUACCGUCAUCCUCAAAGCUCUAGUCAAAGCUUGUAAGAGCCAAAGUCAGGAAGCUCAGGACUUCCUGGAUGAGCUGAAGCUGGCUGUGGCCUGGAACAGGGUGGAUAUUGCCAAGAGUGACAUCUUUAAUGGAGAUGUGGAGUGGAAGGCAUGCGACCUUGAAGAGGUGAUGAUGGAUGCACUGAUCAAUGACAAACCUGACUUUGUGCGCCUCUUUGUGGACAACGGCGUGAACCUGGGUGAGUUCCUUACCUACGGUCGUCUACAGGAGCUCUACUGGUCUGUGUCGGAGAAAAGCCUACUACACAACCUGCUCCUCAAAAAGUAUGAGGAGAAGCAGCUUCUGCUCGGAGCUGCCAGGACACCUGGUCCACCUGGGCACCACCCGCCUGAUCAAGGGGAUCGGAAACCUCGCUUCACCCUCUACGAGGUCGCCAAAGUGCUGAAAGACUUUCUCCAUGACUCCUGCAAAGGCUUUUACCAAAAGAUUCCCACAGAGAAGCCAGCGAAGGGUCGACUGUUCCACAGCCAGAAGAACCUGGCCGAGUUAGAGGAGCGCUGCGAACAUCCUUGGAGGGAUCUUUUCCUCUGGGCUGUCCUUCAGAACCGACAGCAGAUGGCUAACUACUUCUGGGCUAUGGGCCCUGAGGCGGUUGCGGCAGCGCUGGCGGGUUGUAAGAUUCUGAAAGAGAUGGCACGACUGGAAUCUGAGGCUGAGUCUGCACGUAGUAUGAAGGAGGCGAAGUAUGAGCAGUUUGCCCUUGAUGUCUUUGGAGAGUGUUACUCCAACAGUGAGGACCGGGCUUAUGCUUUGUUAGUGAGGAGAACACACUGCUGGAGCAAAUCUACGGUCCUUAACUUGGCCACUGAGGCAGAUGCCAAAUCCUUCUUUGCCCACGAUGGAGUGCAGGCUCUCCUCACAAAAAUUUGGUGGGGGGCGAUGACGACAGACACAGCCAUCUCCAAACUCGUGGUGUCUUUCUUCUGUCCGCCACUCAUCUGGACCAACCUCAUAAAGUUCAGUGAUGAAGAACUUGAUCAUCGGAAUGGCCGUGAGCAGUUUGUGGAGCUGGACAGUCUGGAUACAGAAAAGGCUUUGCUGUUAACUGACGACGAUGACCCCUUGGACGCUUCACCUGGAGGUCCAGCAGCUCAGAGCUGUGCCUCUGUCUGGUGGCGUUUCCUACUCCGCCGCUGGCGUCGCUUCUGGAGCGCUCCUGUCACCGUGUUCCUCGGAAAUGUCAUCAUGUACUUCGCCUUCCUCUUCCUCUUCACCUACGUGCUCCUGCUGGACUUCCGCCCGGCGCCACCCUUUGGCCCUGGGGCUCCCGAGAUAAUGCUCUACUUCUGGGUCUUUACCUUGGUGCUGGAGGAGCUGCGACAGAGCUUCUUCACGGAUGAAGAGAUGAACAUCUUGAAGAAGUUCAAACUCUAUGUAGAGGACAACUGGAACAAGUGCGACAUGGUUGCCAUCUUGCUUUUUGUUGUUGGGGUUUCAUGCAGGAUGGUGAGCGACACGUACGAGGCAGGAAGGACCGUUCUGGCGAUAGACUUCAUGGUGUUCACUCUGCGUCUCAUCCACAUCUUUGCCAUUCAUAAGCAGCUGGGCCCCAAGAUCAUCAUCGUGGAAAGAAUGAUGAAGGACGUUUUCUUCUUCCUAUUCUUCCUGAGUGUGUGGAUGAUUGCGUACGGUGUUGCCACUCAGGCACUUCUGCACCCCACUGACCCACGAAUUGACUGGGUGUUUCGCAGAGCCCUGUAUCGCCCCUACCUGCACAUUUUUGGCCAGAUUCCUUUGGAAGAAAUUGAUGCUGCUCGCAUGCCUGAAAUUAACUGCACCAAUGACUCAGAGGAAAUUAUCAUGGGCCUACGGCCGCCAUGUCCCAACAUCUACGCCAACUGGCUGGUCAUCCUGCUGCUGGUUAUCUUCCUUCUUGUCACCAAUGUCCUGCUGCUAAAUCUGCUCAUUGCCAUGUUCAGCUACACAUUCCAGGUGGUGCAGGGUAACACAGACAUCUUUUGGAAGUUCCAGCGAUACAAUCUGAUUGUGGAAUACCACAGUCGUCCAGCACUGGCCCCACCCUUCAUCAUCAUCAGCCACCUCUCUCAGCUUCUCCUCAGCCUGGUCAAACAGCCUGUGUCCAAGCAGGAGCAUCUUGAGAGGGAGCUGCCGGCAGGGCUAGACCAAAGGCUAAUAACAUGGGAGACCGUGCAGAAGGAGAACUAUCUGGCCAAACUGGAGCGCCAACAUUGGGAGAGCAGUGAGGAGAGGCUCAAGAGCACCUCCUCAAAGGUUCAGAGCCUGCUGAGGAUUGUUGGUGGGUUCAAGGACCAAGAGAAACGACAGGUAUCCAUGGAGUCUCAGAUCAGAUAUUGUGGAGAGGUGUUGUCCUGGAUGGCAGAGUGCUUCGCUCAAAGCACACUCAAGUGCGGGAAAGAAGCUCCAAGAGCUCCAAUGUCUCUAACAGGCUACAAGGCAGGCAGCACCCAGGACACACCUCAAAGUCAACCAGAGAAAGAAGUCAAACAAGAAGCUGCUGAGGCCAAACCAGGCCACCCUGGAUAUGGAGCUAAUAAAAAAUUUCCUUACAUUGAUGAAUGAAGGUGAUAACAGUAACUAGCAAACAGCUAAUUAUGAUGUUAUGUGUAUGAUUUUUAGAAUAUUUUGAGAUGGUGUAACUGGGAGAAAGGGGACAUUGAUUUGGGCUUUAAAUUAAUAAAAUGAUGGUCGAUGUAUUCCCAGAUAUCUGCCUGUUCUGAGUGUUGUUCCAGGGGAGUUUGUUAUACAUAUCUUAAAACACAAAUUCCCUUAAUUCCUUUCCUUUUGCAAGUUAAGCUUUCGCGUUUUAAAAGAUGUGCUAAAACAUAAUCAUCUAGGGAAAAACGGCAUGUUAGGACACAUUAUUAAUAUUUAUACAGCAGCAAAAAGUACACAAUAUUGUUUCAUUGGCUUAAAAGUGUCAGCAGUCACCUCCAGUCUCUCUCUCUAAAACCUACAAAUCAGGUUAGAAAUCUCGGGGUAAUAAUGGACUCAGACUUGAACUUUAACAGCCACAUCAAAUCAAUAACAUCAGCAGCUUUUUACCAUCUAAAAAACAUUGCCAAAAUCAAAGGUAUAGUGUCUAAACCUGACUUGGGGAGACUUAUCCAUGCAUUUGUCUCUAGUAGGCUAGACUACUGUAACGGCCUGCUCACUGGUCUCUCCAAACGGGCUGUAAGACAGCUGCAGUACAUCCAGAAUGCUGCUGCUCGGGUCCUGACCAGAACCAGGAAGUACGAGCACAUUAGUCCUGUGCUCAGGUCUCUACACUGGCUUCCUGUGGCUCAGAGAAUAGACUUUAAAGCAGCUCUGCUUGUGUACAAGUCUCUCCACGGCCUAGCACCAAAGUACAUCUCUGACAUGUUAGUGCCAUAUGAACCAUCUCGACUCUGAGGACCUCAGGGACUGACCUCCUGCUGGUGCCCAGAGUCAGGACUAAACAUGGGGAAUCAGGGUUCCAGUUUUAUGCAGCUAAAAUCUGGAACAGUCUUUCUGAAGAUGUGAGACAGGCCUCUACUCUGACAAUGUUCAAAUCUAGGCUCAAAACAGCUCUAUUUCACUGUGCAUAUGACUGAAAGGAUCUUAUCUGCACUCUUCUCUUUUAAAGUUCAUUUUAUAAUGAUUAUUUGUGUUUUUAUUUUGUAUUGUGAUUUUAAUGCAUUUUCUUGUUCUGUAAAGCACUUUGAAUUACUUUGUGUACGAAUUGUGCUCUACAAAUAAACUUGCCUUGCCUUGCCUUAAAUAAAUACUUAAAGAACCAAAAAAAGUGAGACUACAGUUGCUCUGAAUUUAAGUAAGCUUAGCUUUAAUUUGAGGCUAUUUUUGCAUCAGUGUUGUCUCAUAUGCUGAAAUUCAUGGAAAACAUCUCAUUCAGUUAUCAACAGGAAUCAUUCUGCACACAGUCAAAUCAUUUUAAAUGGCAUCGUAACAAUGCAAUGUUACAAGUGGAGAAAAAAAACUAAAAUAUAAAACACAAUAUAUUAAUUACAUCAUGUAAAGGCUUAAAAGGCAGCAUACUGGUUUAAAGUAAAGACUUAUGUCUACUGUCAAAAUAUCUUCCAAGGUCACAUUGGGUAGGAACUUGUGUGAAAGGCACCUAAACUCUGUCAAAAGGAAUAUGAGCAAUUAAGUGACAAUCUGCACAGCUGUAAUGUAUUAUACCACAAUCUGCCAGGACGAUGGAAUUGGGCUAAGAGAAAAUCCUCCAUUUUGAAGAAAGUGCUGUCAGUUUUUGUUGAUUAUGUCAGAGUACAUUAUAAAAAGUCAAAAGUACUGAAGUAUGAAAUGAUUAAUUUGGAAAGUACAUGUAUGUGUUUUGCUAACAGGGUUCCCACACAUUUUCAUGGACACAUUUCAAAACGUUUCCAAGACUUUUCAAGGACCCAAGAUAAAAUUUCCAUGACCAUUCACAAUGUAUAAAACUAACUGCUCCAUCUCAAAAAUGCAGCACAACUUAAAGUAGUGGUGGGCCAUACCAUAGGUACGCAAACUUUGGGAUUCACGACGCGACAUGUAAAGUCUCUCAUCGUGUUAUUUUCCUCUUACUCAAACAUAUCAAAAGCGAAAUUCAAUGAAUUUUCCAGGUUUUCGAUGGCUGUAGGAACCCUGU